AUGCUGCCAAUACUGCUCGCCCUCCUCUCGCUGCUGUCGGCUGCGCUGGCCCUCCAGUCCGACCUGGCUGGCGUUGCAGAUUGGCACACGGCACUCAUCGGCGUACCACACCUCACUCCUUCUCCCCCCACAUUCAUCCCCAUCGACGGCGCACAUGCGACGGUCAUGGUCACGGAGGAGGAUCUGGUGGCGGUGUUGAAUGGUAACGGAAGCCUGCGUUGGCGCCAGGAGGUGCCGGAUGUACUCUCGUUCCAGGUACACAACGAUGGCCUCAUCGUCCUUAGUGGCGCGCUUGGGACCAAUGCUCGCCUGUACGAUCUUGAGAAUGGCCGACUGCGUUGGGAAGUGGCGUGUGGCGACGCGUCGGCCAAGCUCGACUGGCGGCUGCCGGAGGGUACGCGCGGCGUUGGCGCGGAUGUUGCGUUCCACAACGAACACUUGUUUGUUCUCUCGGAGGGGCGCCGCAUCACCAAGAUCAGGCUCAGUGAUGGGUCAAGCCCAUGGAGCUGGGAGUUCCCCGGCGACGGCUCGGCGAAUCUCUUCAAGCAGAUUGUGGUCAACGGCGACGAGGUCAACGUCCUCGGCGUCCUCUCCUCGCUCACCGUGCCCACCCUUACGCAUCUCACAUUCAACGCCGAAUCUAUCAUGCCAAUCUCUGAGAUGUCGCAUGUUCCAGCGGGCCUUGGCGACGCGACGAACGGAUACCUUCUCCUCCCCCGUGGCGAAGUCAAGGAACCCGGCCUGCGCGGUUGCUGGACCGAGGAUAGCCGGUACCGCUGCACCGACUUAUAUGGCGACGGCACGGUGAACAUACGCAUCAAGGAUCAUAUUGCCGGCACUGGGCGGCGGUACGAGCGCAUGAUCGACGUGGGACUCCGCGAGCACGGAUUCAUGCUCGGUCUGCUCAAGAGCGGCGCUGUCCUGGUCAUCGAGGUUGGCGAUGGCGGCAACGUCGUGGCUGAAUUCGACCGCUCGCGCCAGAACCGUAACGGCAUGCCAGUGCACUCGGGGGCGUACCACGACGGCGUGUACACCUUUACCCGCGUGUACUACAGCUACGACGACAAGGGGUGGAAGGUCCAGAUUAUUAGUGUGCGCGACGGCGUCGUCGAGCAGACCGAGGACAGCGUACCCCUGGACCCGAAGCACGGUAUUCCGCGUUCCUGCGCCUCCAACCCAGACGGCAGCGUGUUCGUUACCACCAGCACUGGUGCUCUUCAGCUCUCCCGCGCCGGCCAAGUCGUGUUCAUCCGCGAGGAGGCCCUCACCGACAUUGCCGGCGUGCACUUUGUCGAGCUCGGCGAGCCCGAGACGGAGGAAGCGCUCGGCCUUAUGGCCCACGAAUCGUUCAUUGGCCGCCUGACUCGCCACGCAGGUAUGCUUUCUCGCCUUCCUGCAUACAUCCAGCACUUUGUGCAGCGACUCAGUUCGACUGCGGACAUUGCGGCCCAGACUCCCCCGCUCAGCAAGGACAAGCUCCACCGCGACCAGUUCGGGCUCCAGAAGCUCGUCGUGGCGAUCUCGCGCGGUGGUAAGGUCUAUGGCUUGGACAGUGCGAACGGCGGUAUCCUGUGGUCACGCAACCUCGGUUUCUUCGACCAGAACGGCCCCGAGCUUCAAGUAUACGGCACCUGGGCUACCCGCGGCCUCGGCGAGCGCGGUAACCCUCAAAUUGGAGUUGUUGCCGUACGUACCCGUGAGGACAAGCAGGUCACGCUCGGAUACACUGUCGACGCGUUUACGGGCGACGUGGCCGGCGACAAGGAGGGUGGGUAUGAUGUGCCCGUCGGUCGGGAAUUGUUCACCGGCCCUCCCCACAGCGCUUUCCUCACCAAAUUCAUCCACUGUUGCACCGGGAACACGAUUGUCGGAGUCGUCGAUGACAAGGACACGCUCCACCUCUUCCCGAAAUGCAAGAAGGUCGUGCGUGAGAUCGAAGCCGCCCCGUUCUUCUACACCAUCCUCGACCGCGAGUUAGAGGGUACCACUCUGCGCGGAUACACUCCGGGCGCCGCGGGCGAAGGAAUCACUUUCUCUACUGAGGAACUCUGGUCCCGCCCCUUCCCGGCGCAGGACGUAUUGGAGGUAUCGUCCCUCCAUCCCUCGCCGGUAGCGAGUUUCGGGCGCGCACUUGGCGACAAAGCCGUCCUUUACAAGUACUUGAACCCACACCUCCUCAUUGUGACGUCGGUCUCGCCAUUCACGUCCACGGGCCACGUAUACAUUAUCGACAGCGCGACCGGCGCAAGCGUGCACGAGUUUGACAUCCCACACGUUGUGGGCAAUCAUGUGAGGGCGGCAAUGGUGGAGAAUUGGCUCGUGUAUGCGUGGCUCGAAUCCGCGACCUCCGGCGCUACCUCUGGGGGAUGGCGCCUAGCCAGUGUCGAGAUGUACGAGCACGGCGCGCAGAGUGUCGGUCGAUCCUCUCUCGCCUCCCCGCCCUCCAUCGAGGCUGUCACGCAGACAUUUAUCCUUGAGAGCGACGUCAAAGCGUUGACAUUCACGACGAGCAAGUACGGCGUAACAACGAAAGACCUACUGUACAUCAACGACGCCGGACAAGUCGCGCACAUCCCUCGUCGGUUCUUGGAUCCUCGCAGGCCCGUUGGUAAACCGACAAAGGCAGAGCAGGAGGACAUGUUGGUUCCCUACAGCCCCGUUAUUCCGGGUACGGCGCAGCAGGUCAUCUCACACGUCUAUCGCGUCCGCGGACUCAAGUCUAUUGUCGCAUCUCCGGCUCUCCUCGAGAGUACCACUCUGGUUCUUGCGUACGGGUUAGAUCUGUUCGGGUCGCGCGCGCUCCAGCCCUCGGGAUCGUUCGAUAUCCUCGGGACGGGGUUCGCCAAGACUUCGUUGUUGCUCACGCUGGGCGCUUUGGGCGCGGGUGUUGCGGUCGCUGCUCCGUCGGUGAGGCGGAAGUCGCUUACUGCUAAAUGGUUCUAG